AUGGGAGGUGACGAGGACAAGAAUGGGCAGCUGCGUCAUGCCCAAAAAAAACAAACAAGCAAUGACUUAUGUACGUGGAUAGUAGUAUCUGUAUGUACUUACACUCAAGGACUUGUCUCCGGUCCGGAUGCGAUCUGCGGACAGGGCUGCCGACGGGAGUGGGAGGGUGGAACGCUGGGUAGGCUGGGGCUGAGUGGGCUGGCGGGCGUUGGGGGGAACGAUGGGAGAGACAGAGCCGAGUAUUUCCUCGAGACCAGCGGCUUUCAGCGGCAGUGGAACAAGCAACGGUCCCGCGAGCUGAUAACACAAAUGAUAACGACGGCCACCAGAGCAGGAGGGGGACGACGCGGUCAAUAA